UUCCGAAAAUGCUGGAACCGCAACGCUUGCAACGACUGUCUAUCAUCUAUUGAUCCAACCUGCGGCUGGUGCCCUUUUGUACCUCCCCUCCUCCGUGACCUCACUCUCUCUACCUCCCUUACUCUUGCUCCGUUUCUACAGCAGCUAACACCUCCCCCCCCCCCUAAAAAAAAGACACAAACCUGCGUCCCGGCAACCUUCACCACGCCACUGCACUCCUACUCCUGCCCCUCCCGCUCCGAGCGCUGGGAAAUGCGCACCGCGCCAUUCGGCUGUCGAGUCUCCAUGAUAACCCUCGGCGGCGUGCUGGUCGGUGCGGUGGGCGCACUGGUGAUCGUACUACUGGUGGUGGGUGCGGUU